CACCUGUUAUUUCUAUGCCACCUCAGGAUGUCCAGAAUUUCACAGGCAAUGAUGUCAUUUUUGGCUGUGAGGUGUCAGCCUAUCCUAUGCCACACCUUGAAUGGAAAAAAAAGGGGAAUAAAAUGUUUCUGCCAGGAGAUGACGCCCACAUCUCGGUACAGGCAAGAGGUGGGCCUCAGAAGUAUGGUGUGACAGGCUGGCUGCAGAUCCAAGGCCUCAAAAAAUCAGAUGAAGGUGUUUAUAUCUGCCACACUAAAAAUAAGCAUGGUGCAACAUACGCCUCUGCAAGAUUGAAAGUCAUUGAUGGCUCAUCUCCUGCAUUUACUGCUGGCAGUAGAAGUGCAAGCUACAGCGUUGAAUAUGGGGACUAUUACGACCAUUCUGAUGAUGAAGAUGAGGAAGAAUAUGAAUCUGGGGACUAUGAAAAUUGAAACAACUCUGAAUAAUAAUUUUUAUACACCUGUUAUCCAACAUCUUUCACACUCUGUUACAUUUCCUAGUAGUAUCUGUGCUGUAAUGGCUCCUCUGAUAACACACACAUACACUUGUGUAUCCACCUCCCUGAACUUCACCUUUGGCUGAAGUUUAUCAUUCUACUUACCAGAAAUAAGAACAGUGUAAAUUCACACAUUUAGACUGUUGAAUAAAAUUCUU